AGAGAGAGAGAGAGAGAGGAGAGAGAGAAAGAGGAGAGAGAAGAGAGAAGAGGAGGAGAGAGAGGAGAGAGGAGAGAGAGAGAGAGAGAGAGAGAGAGAGAGAGAAGGGAAAAGAAAAAAGAAGAGAAAGAACAAAGUAAAGAGAAAAAAGAGAAAAAAGAAAAAAAAAGAACAAAAGAAAGAAAAAGAAAAAAAGAGAAAUUUGCAUAUACUUAUCAGCUUGUGGCAGACACCUAUUGUGUUUCCUCUGGAGGGAGAGAAUUAAGCAGAAGGAUCAACCGCCUCGAGGUGAUGCUUCGACAACAGCGGAAGUUGCCUAAGCCCCAUGGACAGACUCUUACAUCAGAAAUUUUGCAUUAA